CGCUCUUCCGCUUAGGGACGUAUGUUCAUACCUUUCUACCGAUUGAACGAUCAACAUGGCCGCACCUGUGCCCCCAGCGAUGAGAUUUGGGUUUAUGCAUUUGACUGCGGUCGCCCAACAGCGUGUCAAAAGAGCCUUUCGCAACUGGCGCUUCGUCCGUCCUCCGUGGCAACCUGAGGAUCAGAGAUCAAUUACUGCAGGCGACUGGGUUGCCGUACCUCCAAGUGACGAUGUUUUGGCCACCGGAGGUGAAGGUGUAAUCCAUCUCUGGUGCAAGAUCGACCCGCAGACUUCAGUAAUUAUUGACAGAGUUAUCGUCAAGCAAGUUGUCCCAGGCGUGCUAGAUUUCUCAUGCCGCGCAACUGGAGAAACGGCAAUGUUGGAGGAGAGCCGAUGGAAUGCUAUCAGAUGAACCUAGUCCAGGCACAGAUGAGUCAGCGUGAUCGACAACACAUUGUCGAUUGCUUGGGUUGGGGAGGAAUUGACUCGCGCCUAUGGCGCUACAAGCUCUACAUGGAAUACUGCGUGUACGGCGAUUUGACUAUGAUUAUGCGACAACAAAAGAAUCAGAGACAUACUGGCAGAUCCAGAAAAUUCAAGAGAGCGUGGCCCGAGCCAUUCAUUUGGUA